AUGACCGCCACCAUAACCACCACCACCAGAUUGGCAGCGGAAACUGUCCUUCGCACCGCCAAGGACGAGGCAUCAGACCUGCAAAAGCUCCGCGACAACAGACUCAAGGGCUCAUAUGAUGAGUGGCCAAACGAAGCAGGAUUUGACGGACUCACCGAAGAGCGUGGCCCUAUCGAGCUCAAUAUUCAGGGCGAGAUUCCCGCCUGGGCAGCCGGCGCCCUCUACCGCACAGGUCCAGGAAGCUGCAAAAUCGAAAACACCCCCAAAGGCACUCACUACGUCUCUCACUGGUUUGACGGCCUUGCUCACACGCACAAAUUUGACAUCAUUGCUCCAGAAGCCGAGUCUGAUAGCAAAACCCGCGUUCUGUACUCGUCGCGACGCCAGUGCGACCAACUUGUCAAAGAUAUCCAAGCCAACGGUUUCCAGAACCGUUUCUCCUUUGGCCAACGCCGUGACCCUUGCGUUGGCAUGUUUGGCAAGAUCAUGAGUGUCUUCUCCAAGGCGACCGCACCAAACAUCUGCGUCGCCGUGAAUGCAAACGUUCCUGGCCUGACCCCAGCUGUUUCCGAGCCAAACCAAGGCCCCUCGGGGUCUGGACACCGCAACGGUGUGCGCAGUGUGUGGCUCUCCACUGACGCGAAUCCUCUCCUUGAAAUCGACGCGGACACGCUGGAGCCUGUGGGCACCGCUCGGCAGAACAAGCUUCACCCGGACCUCACCGGCCCUAUGUCUUGUGCACAUGCCCAGCGAGACCCUGAAACGGGCGACAUGUUCAACUUUAACCUCGGAUUCGGACGUCUCGCUACGUAUCGUAUCUUUCGCGUCAGCGCCGCCACUGGCAAGACGGACAUCCUGGCAUCCAUUUCCGAAGCUGAGGCGAAGCCUGCCUACAUCCACAGUUUUUUCCUCACCAAGAGUUUCGUUAUCCUGUGUAUUCCUGUGACACAUCUGGGAUUCAACGGCCUGAAGGUCCCCUGGGAGCGGAACAUUCUCGACGCCAUCGAGCCCUUUGACGAGGCCAAGCGUUGCCGGUGGUACUUUGUGGACCGUAUUCACGACAAGGGCGUGGUCGCCACCUUUGAAACCCCGGCCGGCUUCUUCUUCCACUCGACCAACUCUUUCGAGGAAGCGGCAGAGGACGGUUCUGGUAUCGACGUCUUUUGUGAAGCCGCCGCUUACCAGAACCACAGCAUCCUCCACAACUUCUACUACGACGUCAUCCUCAACAGGAACAACGCAGCCCACAAGUUCUGGACGGAAGGAGACCGCUUGAAGAACAGCUACGCGAGUCUGCAGCGGUACAAGUUCAGAAUCCCAAGCGAUAACGCCGACGCCACGUCGCCCACAGAGCCCGAACUGGUCCUCUCGAUUCCCGCCCCGCAUGUCGGCGAACUGCCGACCAUCAACCCGGCCUUCCUCACCCGGCGUCACCGCUACGUCUACAGCCUGCCGGACCGCGGGCUCAGCACCUUCCUCGACGCCAUCGUCAAAACGGAUGCCGACACGCGCGAAGCCCUCAUAUGGCAGUCCCCGCAGGCCCACACUCCGGGCGAGCCCAUAUUCGUGCCCCGACCCCCUUCCGCUGGCGGCGACCCGCUGACCGAGGACGACGGCGUCAUCCUCAGCGUCGUGCUCGAUGGCACUGCCCAGACGAGUUACCUCCUCUGCCUAGAUGCCAAGACCAUGACGGAGCUAGGUCGUGCCGAGUGCGACUUCGCCGUCGGCAUGGGGUUCCACGGCAUCCAUGCCCCCUCGGGACCAAUCUAG